AUGAAGACUUCCAUAGGUUUAUCACCUUUUCAGUUGGUGUAUGGGAAAAUAUGUCAUUUGCCAGUGGAGAUGGAGCACAAAGCUUUGUGGGCUUUGAAAUUUUUGAAUUUUGAUCCCCAUGAAACUCAUAGUAAACGCAGAAGGCAGAUGCUGGAGCUUGAAGAGAUGCAGUUGCAUGCAUAUGACUCAUCUAGGAGUUAUAAAGAAAAGGUAAAAUUUUAUCAUGAUAGGAAGUUGACAAAGAGGGCUUUCAACCCAGGGCAACAGGUGUUAUUAUUCAAUUCAAGGUUGAAGCUAUUUCUGGGAAAGCUGAAGUCAAAAUGGUCAGGGCCUUUCAUAAUAAAGAAUGUACAUCCUCAUGGAGCAGUUGAAUUAAUGGAUCCAGUUGCUAGUGAUCCACAAAAAAGUUGGGUGGUGAAUGGUCAAAGACUCAAGCACUACUUGGGAGGAGAAGUAGAACGCCUUUCCACGGUGAUGAAGUUGGUGGAUCCAUAG